AUAUAUUUUCCGUAAAGUUGACGUUUACCGAACACUGGAGCUUCUGUUCGGGAGUUCAUCUCUCCAUUAAUGGCGGGUGUGACACUUCGGAGCGGUUGCUUGCGGGGCCUGCCCGAUGGUGACUUGCUUGACCCGGCGUUCCAGCAGCGGUUGGAAGAUGCAAGAGCACUGCUCAGGCAGGAGAUCCAGAAAGAGCUAAAAAUCAAAGAGGCAGCAGAGCGACUUCGACGUGCCGUCACCAACAAGAAAAGUGCCGCCGAUGUGGAAGGUCAACUGCGCGCAUCCACUCGCAAGCUGGAACAGCUGCACUGGGAGCUGCAGGAGCUGAAUGCACGUGCGAUGGCUACGGAGAAAGAGACCACUACAGAUGCUGCCAUUUCUCCAGAUCCAUGCCACUGGGAGGACUGCACGUCACCUCUGGCCAACCGCGUCCGCACCCUAAAGAAACAGUUAAACAUGGAGCUGAAGGUGAAACAGGGAGCCGAGAAUAUCAUCCAGAUGUAUGCCAGCAGUUCAGUGAAGGACCGAAAGAUGCUGUCCACAGCCCAGCAGAUGCUGCAGGAUAGCCGGACUAAAAUUGAGCUGCUGCGCAUGCAAAUCGUCAAAGUGACUCAGGCCAAAGAGGGAGAGCGGGGGGCCGCAGAUUCGGACGGCCGUCCCUCCGAAACCAUCAGCCCCCUGGAACUGAGGAUGGAGGAGCUCAGGCACCAUCUGAGAAUAGAGGCUGCAGUGGCUGAAGGAGCAAAAAACGUGGUGAGACAGCUUGGGGGACGCAGGGUUCAAGACCGCCGUGCACUGGCUGAGGCUCAAGCACGUCUGCAGGAGUCUUCUCAAAAGCUGGAUCUUCUGCGUCUGUCUCUGGAGCGAAUGCUUAUGGAGCUUCCUUCAGAUCAUUUUAAACGGACUGCCAUUAAAGAAGAGCUGACUGUGGGGAGCUCGCCCAGCCUGGGCCUGCAGCGAGACCGUCAGCAUUCUUCAUCGUCUGCCUCUUCCUCUUCGCUCUUCAAACCGGCAAGCCUUACAGGUCGGCUGGAGGUCAGGUUAAUGGGCUGUCAGGAUCUGUUGGAGUCUGUGCCAGGUCGUUGUCGGGUAUCCUGUGCCUCCUCUUCUCCCAGCAGCCCCUCAGAAGCCAAGUCUCUAAGGAUGAGGGCCGGGCUGUCCACACGCAGCACCAAUGGCAAAACACCUAAAACCGAUGAGCUGUCAACCGAGAUCAGUGCAGUGUUGAAGGUGGAUAACCGAAUGGUGGGCCGCACUUGCUGGCGACCUGUGGGCAAAGAGGCGUGGGACCAAAGCUUCACCAUUGAACUAGAGAGGUCUCGGGAGCUGGAGAUCGGGGUUUAUUGGCGAGACUGGAGAGCUUUGUGUGCUGUUAAAUUCCUGCGCCUGGAGGAUUUCCUAGAUAACCAGCGGCACGGCAUGUGUCUUUACCUGGAACCACAAGGAACACUGUUCGCCGAGGUGAAAUUCAUAAACCCGGUCAUUGAGCGGCACCCGAAGCUACAGCGUCAAAAGCGUAUAUUUCCCAAAGAAAAAGGUAAAAACUUUCUGCGAGCUGCCCAGAUGAACAUGAACUUUGCCACGUGGGGUCGUCUAAUGAUGAGUGUGUUGCCUCCGUGCAGUAGUACCAUCACUGCUAUGAGUCCCCCCCUGGCCUCUUCCGACAUGCUUUCUCCCCCUGCUCUCCAAGAAUCCAAUCUCAUCUCCCCUCCAUCUACAGAGAAACCAUCCAUGAUCACCUCUCCUCCAGCAGGAGAUCCAGCAAUUGUCAAACUGAAUUUCAGUGAGGAGCGACCUCCCAAACCCCCACGUCUGUACCUGACAAAGCCUCCAUUAACAGACAGCCCUGCGUCUAUGAACUCAAAAGGAAAUGCUAAUGAGAGUUCUAGAGUCAGAGCUGCAGGCCACGCCACUCUUAAGAAAAACGACGAGCUGCAGAUGGAGGAUUUUAUCUGUGUUUCUGUACUUGGUAGAGGCCACUUUGGAAAGGUGCUGUUAGCAGAGUAUAAGUGCACAGGGAAGCUUUAUGCCAUCAAAGCCUUGAAGAAAGGGGACGUGGUGACACGGGAUGAAGUUGACAGUCUGAUGUGUGAGAAGAGGAUUUUCGAGACCAUUAAUGUGUCCAAUCACCCAUUUCUGGUGAAUCUUCAUGGCUGCUUCCAGACAUGUGACCAUGUGUGUUUUGUUAUGGAGUAUUCGCCAGGGGGAGAUCUGAUGACCCACAUACACACCAGCAUCUUCACUGAGCGUCAGGCACGGUUUUAUUCUGCUUGUGUACUUCUGGGUCUUGAGUUUCUUCAUCAGAACAAAAUUGUUUACCGAGAUCUAAAGUUGGAUAAUCUGUUGAUGGAUGCUGAUGGCUUUGUGAGAAUAGCAGAUUUUGGACUUUGCAAAGAAGGUAUGGGACAUGGGGACCAUACGUCCACCUUCUGUGGUACUCCAGAAUUCCUGGCCCCUGAGGUCUUGACCGACAGCACUUACACCCGAGCUGUGGAUUGGUGGGGACUUGGAGUGCUUAUCUAUGAGAUGCUGGUGGGAGAGUCUCCGUUUCCAGGUGACGAUGAAGAGGAAGUGUUUGACAGCAUUGUGAAUGAUGAAGUACGCUACCCCAGGUUUCUCUCCCCAGAGUCAGUCUCUAUUAUUCAGAAGCUGCUGCAGAAAACCCCAGAAAAACGUCUUGGUGCUGGAGAACAAGAUGGUAAUGAAGUGAAAAAGCACAGAUUCUUUCAGGGAGUGGAUUGGGAAGCUUUGUUAGCCAAGCGAGUGAAGCCUCCGUUCCUGCCGAGCAUCAAAGCCCCAGCAGACGUCAGCAACUUCGACGAGGAGUUCACGCGGCUCAAGCCGGUUCUCACCCCUCCACAGACGCCCUUCUUUCUCACGGCCGAGCAGCAGCAGAUCUUUGCAGAUUUUGACUUCUCCUCGUUGCCCUAACUGCCUGGGACGUGAAGGAUGAGUGGUUGUGACAUAUCAAGGUUCGGUCUCGUCUGUCCGUGCUGUAUUUCUGUUUUCUGUCUCUACCUAUGCAGUUGAACUAAGUGAAGCUGACUCACUGUCACUUGUUAUGUCCUUUACUUCUACUAACUACCCAUCCAAGUUUAUCCAGUGCAGACCUCAGAGCAGGGAACAAGGUUAAUGCAAGAGAACGAGCCAUCACUGUGAGCUAAGCUUUAUCUGUCAUGUGUUGGUAGUAUUUGGCUUUGUGACCAUUUAUGUGCCUGGUGUUAAAACAACUUGUAACAUGUAACUGAAUGUAAUUUUAAUUUUGAGCCUCUAGUGUCUUGUAGUAUCUGCACAGUUAAAGGAAUACUUCAGAUAUUCAACCUAAUCUCUGUCACAGCUCCAUUGUAGACAAUGACCACAGACCAGACACAUUCCUGUACUGUACUGUAUUUGCUCAGAAUUUAAGCUUAGCAGGUAGGGAAUAGCACGUUUUUAUAGAAAAUGUCAUGUUUGACAGCAUUAAUAAUGCAAAUUUGUGCAAAAGUAACAGAAAUUAAAAGGUUUUUAGAGGAAAGAAUUAAUGUAAAUUUGUGGCCAAAUGUUACUAAUCAUGUUUCAUUUAAUUAGGCAUCUCACCACUAGGCCAUUUAUCCUAACGUAAAGUUAUGAGUUAGAAAGCAUACCCUACACAGAGUUCCAGUCUUCUAGGAAUAAUUUAGAGUAGCCAAUGUGUACCUACUGUCACAUUUUUAUAUGUGUGGGGAAAAAAAUAGUACCAGAAAGGACUGGAACCCCACACAGAUACCAAAAUAACAUAUUGUACUGCAUACAGACCAGCGCUCAGGAUCAAACCUGGAGCAAUUCAGCACUAAAACCACCUGCUGUGCCACUGACACCCGCCAUAGUACUUUACAAAGUGUUUCUCUAGUGUUCGAUAGUUAAAUAAAGCAUAAAAACAGCUUUGUUUGGGAGAGACAUAAGACAGAGUUUUGAUAAUGCUUAAGAGAGUCACAAAUCUGUAUUUUUCAGCACAGGCAUGUGUGGGGUUUUUUUUUUUACUGUGGUAAUUGCAUGCAGAUGCAGUGGACAAAGAGUAGGUUGAAAUUUAGAUGUGACAAGUAGUUGCUUGCGAGUUUUCCUUUUUCAGCUCAUCGUGCAGUGUAGUGAAAAGUCUUCCAAUUUAUUGCAGCAGUAGACUUGUUGCAUUCUUACACUGAUGCUAAAAUGAAAACUGAAGAAACCUCAGUGCUAUACAUGCUCCUUCAAAACCUGCAAUAUUUGAAACAUAUGAAGGACGGAAUGCUAUGAGUUGUAAAAAAUCUGCAAUAGCUCUUCCGUAUGAUGGGGUGUAUAUAUGUCAAAGAUUGAUAGAUACAUGUACCUCAGAAAAAAGGCAGAUCAGAUUUCAGACUUGAUCUGCAUCAUUUUUUGCUGGAACGAGUGAUUUGUUAAUCUAUAACCCUCCAUUUAUUAUUAACUCUUUAUUCUCAUUUAAAU